GAGACGCACUUUUACUUCAUCGCAAACAAGUAGCCAGCUAGCUAACAAGCUGCAUUGUUUUCAAGAAUGGCAACCUCUAAGAAGGGGAAGAAAGUUGUAAAUCAAGAAGAACUCCGGCGUUUGAUGAGAGAAAAACAAAGGCAAACAACAGACAAGAAGCGCGUCGAGUCUCCUUUUGCUAAAUACAACGGUCUCGGACACCUCAGUUGCGUCCUGUGCAAUGUGCAGGUGAAGUCCGAACUAUUAUGGCCAACUCAUGUUCUCGGAAAACAGCACAAAGAGAAAGUUGCCGAGCUGAAGGAAGCAAAGAGUCAAACAGUAACACAACAGAGUCAGCUAGUGAAAAGGAAAGCACCGGACAACGAGGACGUCAACGGAAAGAAGGCGAAACCCUCAUCCAGUGCAGGCCAGUCUGCGCCAGGGUUGUCAGGAGAUGUCUUUAAGAAACCCAGCGAAAAGGAUGCUGUUCCUACUCAAAAGUCUGCUGGCCUGAGUCUGUUGGCUGGGGUCUAUGACGAGGACGAUGAUGAAGACGAUGCCGAAGAGGGAGAUUCCACAAACCCCCCUCCUCAAAAGGCUGAAGUUGCAGGAUUACCGACUGAUUUCUUUGACAGCAACCUCCCAUCCACACCCGCCAUCUCCCAUUCAGGAUCCAUCCUCAAAGCAGAUGUGCAGGAGAAAAGCACAGAAAAGAAAGAUAACAUGGCCGAGGCACUGCCGGAGGGCUUCUUCGACGAUCCUGUAAGGGAUGCCAAAGUGCGCAACGUCGACGCACCCAAAGAUCAAAUGGACAAGGAGUGGGAAGAGUUUCAAAAGGAGAUCCGACAAGUGAACACAAAAUCAGAGGCUAUCGUGGCGGAGGACGACGAGGAGGGCCGACUUGAGCGUCAGAUUGACGAAAUUGAUGAGCAAAUUGAGUGUUACAAGAGGGUGGAAGUACUGAGAGACAAGCAGGAUGUGGUGAAGAGCAAGCUUCUUCCCAGAAAAGACGAACAUAUGGAGACAGAUGCCAGCAACGACGAGGAAGAAGAGGAUGAAGAGGAGCUGCUGGGGCUUUUGUCCCGGGACUGGAGGGCUAAGGGGGCUCUUGCCUAGUUUUCUCCAGAGCUGUGAGAAAGACACCAUGUGUGACAGACCUCAGUUUUGUCCAGAAUGCUGAUAAAACUGGUUUGGAGAGGGAUUUUUUUUUUUUUUUUUUGUCUGUCACCAAUUCAACAAUUGUAAAUAUAUUUGUGGAUGUUCACCAUGUAUUUUUGUAUGCUUCAGAUGGAUUUAAUGUGAUGCAGUGAUGCGCAACAUUCUUGUACAACUCUGUUUAGUGCCACUGGAAGACACACUUUCUCAGUUCAUGACUUAAACACCAGAUGGACCAAAAAUCAAACGUUUUAAUUGUGUGUUUAUUCAUUGGUGCUCACACAAAAACACAUUCAUAAAAUCCCCCAUGUACAGUAGCAGCAUGGAUCCAAAAACCUAUUUCAUGAUGGCCAAAGCUGUUACAAUUUGAGCUCAACUAACCAUUGUCCUGCAAAAACAAGUAGUCGACUAUGUUAGGUUUAUAAAUAAUUGGUUCAUGUUACAUUAUAAGCAACAUGCAAAGCACAAGAGAAUUAUUUUAAAAAAUGUACAAUGUUAAGAUUAAGACCGUAAAGUAAAUCUUACCAGCUCGACCCCCCCCCACAAGAUAAUCUGAGAAUACAUUUAAACCAUUUGUACAGAAUACAACAAUGUUUGAGUAUGACAAAUCUGUUAUGUAAAUACACCAUUAUUAGGCCCAUAAAAAUGGAAUAAAAUGAAUCAAGUAGAGAGUGAUCAGUGCUUCUUAUACUACCUGUUACACAUUGUGAGCUAGGUGUGCCCUCUGUCUACUGCAACUUUAAACAAGCAAUAUCUAUGUCAUUUUGUUAUUGCUACAUAUGUCUCAUGAAUUACCACUUCAAAAUUCUCUCUGAAUGAUUCAAAGUGUUCAUAGCCCUUCGAAACUUGUAGAACUU